AUGGAGGAGACAGCUCCUGAGAGUAGUGCUGGAUUGAGAAUUGUUGAGAAAUAUGUCUACAAAUGUAAUUGGUGUCCGAGAAAAUUUACGACCUGCCAAGGUUUGGCUGGACACAUGAAUGCCCACCGAUCUGACGUUCGAUACGUAAAAGGAUGCUCUCAUGUGCGUAUACCGUACUAUCGACAACCCUCGGCAACCGUCCCAUCAACUUUUCCAGUGACUUUCAGGCCACCCUCUGUUGCGCCGAGGCUCGACUACAUGCCUGCACCCAUGCCUGCAACUAUAUUCACGCAUGCCCCAGCUUCUGUUGCUGUCCACCCAAGUUUUGCUCGUUUAGGUCAUGCACCCUUACCCACCAUUCCACCUAGAGUUAGGGUUGUGAGGCCUCGACUUGUGAAUCGGAAUCAUGGGUUUGUUAGGGCUUUUCAAGGCUUAGAGCGCUCAUCGGAAACAACAAUGACUGAUCCGAAAGCUGGGGUUGCUGCACAGAGAGGUGAGGAAGAAGAGGUCACUUCCAAGGAGACCGUCGUGGUGGAUCUCGAAUUAACGCUUGGUCGUUAA